GAAUGAAUUAAAACCGGUUAUCUCCCCUUCUUCACAACAUGGCCGAAGACGAAUUCAGUGUUUUAGCAGAAAUAUUCUGUCUGCCAGGAGAACUCACUCAGUGGCGUGAUGGGGAGAAAAUACAUGUGAAGGUAAUCAUAUCAGAACAGUGCCCUCAUGUAGAGGGCCACGAGGUUACUUUAGUUUUCAGUCUCUCUGAAGACUACCCUUCUGAAAGCUGCCCACAAAUCGAAGUAUCCAGUUACUCCAUAAAAUGUGAUGAUAUCCGAGACAAACUACAAACGUAUGCUCAUAGUAAUGUUGGAAGUCCAUUAUUGCUUGAUUUGAUAAAUUAUGCUAAAGACCUUAUACAAGAUUUACACUCUUCCAACACAUCUGACUGUGUCCAACUUGCAACACACAGGGAGAACUCUGUGACAGAUACCCAGUCUUCAUCACCAUUGCCACCACCACCAUCAUCACACACCAAGAACUUGAAAGCUAAGUCUCUGACAUCUCAGAACAUUGGUAGUCAAACAGGAAUUAAGGAUGUUCAAAAUUGGACCUUAUUGAUUCAUAUUGACCAUAUGAGAGCUAAAGCAAAAUAUAUUAAAUUUAUCAAGAAAUGGUGCAGAGAUUUCCAGUUAAGUGGUCAACUAAUAUUUUUUAAGAAGACUAUAUUACUUUUCCUUAUUGGAGAACACAACAAUUUAAAGUCAUAUCUAGUCCAACACAAGACAGUUUGUGUGGAUGUUGAUUCCAGAGGUGUUGGGUGCAAAGAGAAGAUGAUGACAGUUUUGUGUGAAGAGCCAUAUCUGAAAGACAGUUUGAAUAUAAUACGAAGUGCCUUGCAAAUACAAGAAUGUUCUAGCUUGGAUGAAGUUAAGGAUAUUUUCACAAAUGCCAGUUCACAACAUCUAUUUGUAAAUUAUGUUUCUAAAUUAAAGAGUAUACAUCAUUGAACA